AUGACCUUUCCAUAUCAAACACAAACAGCAUUGCAGAAUACACCUAGUGCUUUUGCACCGACUGUUCCAUUUGAAGAUGCAAGUCAACAACGUUUUACAUAUUUGUUUCAUUUAGCCCAUCAACAAUAUGUCGCUGGAUAUUAUCCAGAAGCAUUACGAUUAUGUGAGCAACUCUAUGAAUCGGAUGCAUAUCGAAUUGAUAAUUUAUUGCUACUUGGUGCAUUGCAUUUUCAACUUGGGAAUCUCUCGGAAAGUAUUUUUUACAAUCAACAAUGUAUACGUGUAGCACCUGCUUUUGCUGAAGCUUAUGGGAAUCUGGGGAACGCAUUGAAAGAAUUGGGCGAUUUAUCCGGUGCGGUGCAGUUUUACAUUCGUGCAAUUAAAUUGAAGCCACGAUUUGGUGAUGCAUAUAAUAAUCUGGCCAAUUGUUAUAUGCUCUUGGGUCAAACGACUGAAGCUGUGGAGACAUAUAAGAUGGCGAUUUUACUUGAUCCACAAUUGGUUGAUGCACAUAGUAAUUUGGGGAAUUUAUACAAACUCCAAGGUCGGAUCGAAGAUGCAAAACGUUGUUAUGCACAAGCGAUUCGUGUGAAACCCAGUUUUGCGAUUGCCUGGAGUAAUUUAGCCAGUCUUUUGAAAGAGGAGGGACAACUUGAGGCUGCGAUUGAUCACUAUAAAGAAGCCAUUCGAGUCGCUCCAGAAUUUGCAGAUGCUUAUAGUAAUUUGGCUAGUUGCUACUACGAUGCAGGUCAGAUGGAGUUGGCUAUUCACACUUUUCGCCAUGCGAUUCAGCUUGAGCCGAAUUUCCCAGACGCUUACAACAAUUUGGGCAACGCUUUGCGUGAAUACGGUCAGCUUGAACAAGCCGUUGUGUGCUACCGUACGGCACUACAGCUCAAACCGGACCAUCCACACGCUUACAAUAACCUAGGCAAUGCUUUGAAGGACAAGGGUCUUGUAAAAGAGGCAUUGCAUUGCUACACGACGGCAGCGCGUCUGCUGCCACGGUUUGCAGCUGCACACAGUAACAUUGGGAGCGUAAUGAAGGAACAGGGCAAGCUGGACCAGGCAUUGGCACACUACCAGGAGGCGAUCACGAUUGACCCUAACUUCGCCGAUGCGUACAGCAACAUGGGCAAUGUAUUCAAGGACUUGUGCCGACUGGAGGAAGCCAUUCAAUGCUACUCGACUGCAAUCCGUCUCAAACCGCAGUUCCCUGAUGCCUACAGCAAUCUAGCUAGUGCGUACAAGGAUGGUGGCCGUCUUGACGAUGCUAUUACGUGUUAUCGCAAGGCACUUGCACUGCGCCCGCACUUUCCAGAUGCAUUUGCGAAUUACUUCCACUCGAUGGUAUUUAUUUGUGACUGGCAUUCUCGUACUCAGGAUACGGAGAUGCUGCAGCGUUUUGUGGAUGAGCAGCUGAGUGUGGAUGGUGUGCUGCCGUCCGUACAGCCAUUCCACGCGCUGGUGUAUCCGCUUUCGAUGCAGCGAUUCCAGGAUAUCUCGCGACGAUAUGCCGAUCGUGCCAAGCUGAACGUGAGUCUAGUGAAUCUUCCUCCCAUGUGUUUCAAGAACAAACGCGCGUCGGAGCGUUUGCGCAUUGGCUACGUGUCUUCGGACUUGGGCAACCAUCCAUUGGCACACUUGAUGCAGAGUGUGUUUGGCAUGCAUGACAAGAGCAGAUACGAGGUGUUUUGCUACGCUACGUCGCCAGAUGACGGAUCGAUAUGGCGCAAGCAGAUAGCUGGCAGCGUUGAGCACUUUACUGAUAUUUGUGCACUGUCAAAUGGCGAUGCUGCACGCUCUAUUCACGAUGACAACAUUCACAUUCUCGUCAAUUUGAAUGGUUACACAAAGGGUGCACGCAACGAGAUUUUUGCGCUCCAGCCUGCGCCCAUUCAAGUAAGCUACAUGGGUUUCUGCGGUACGCUCGGUGCCGAUUAUAUUCAGUACAUGGUAGGCGACGCCACGGUGGUGCCUUUAGAGUACCGGCGGUACUUUACGGAAAAGCAGAUCAAUAUGCCACACUCGUACUUUGUGAACGAUCACAAGCAGUCGGCGCGCGAUGUACUGGACACGGACAAGUGUCCGACACGAGCGGACUAUGGUGUGCCUGAGGACAAGUUUGUCUUUUGCAACUUUAACCAGGUAUACAAGAUUGAUCCUGUUACGUUCACGACUUGGAUGAAUAUCCUCAAGCGCGUGUCAAACUCAGUAUUGUGGCUGCUGCGCUUUCCACCUAUUGCGGAGGCGAACAUUCGCGCCGAGGCGCGUGCUCGUGGAGUCGAAGACGCAAUACGUUUAAUAUUUACAGACGUGGCUCCUAAAGACGAGCACCUCAAGCGCGGCUACCUCGCUGAUUUAUUCCUGGAUACACCAGAAUGCAAUGCGCAUACGACCGGAUGUGAUAUUUUGUGGGGCGGUACGCCGAUGGUGACAAUGCCGAAGGACCGCAUGGCCACGCGCGUGGCUUCGAGCUUGCUGCGCGCCGCCAAUAUGAGUGAGCUCAUUGCGAAUUCGCUCGAGGAGUACGAAGAGCUUGCGGUGGCACUCGCUAAUGACACGGAUCGACUGCAAAAGCUUCGGCGGCGGCUUGAGGACGAGCGUCUGCGCAGUCCGUUGUUCGACACCCAGCGGUGGGUACGUAACCUGGAGACGGGCUUACGCAUGGCAUGGGAGCGCCACGAGAAAGGUCUGUCGCCUGACCACAUUGAUGUUCCUGAUAUCAAUGACCUGGAGCAGGUGAAGUCAAAGAAACACAAAACGAUCGACAGCCAGUCGCAACCUUCUACAACAACAGGGCAUGCAAAGGACGACUGCAAUCACGAGCACAGUAGCAGCACCGGGUCUGUCGGCAGCAGUGCGCUGCCGAUGAGCGCUUUACUUUCCGGUGGGAUGUCGACUGCGACGAGACAAACGCCCGCUGCUUACAAGCAACAAUGA